CGGGGCUGCCGGUGGGAGAAAGCUCGCCGGAGUUGGAGGGGCGGGGUGGGCUGGGGGACAGAUCCCGACCCUAGCCUCCCAGAUGAGCAGCGUCGCGCCUUGCCAAGAGCCGCCGCCGGCCUUCUCGGGGGGCCCCGUCUGCGCCCGCCCCUGUGCAGCAGCCCACUCGACGUCAGCGGCGGCGGCGAGGGUUGCCCCGGAGACGUGGCUCGAGUCCGUCUGGGCCGCGGCUGGUCUCCUGGACGACGGCGCGGACGAGGAGGCACCGGGCAGCAGCGGCGAUGAGUUCUAUAACUUGGAUGUUAGCCCUCAAGAUGAUGCAGGGUCUGGAGACCAGCUCUCCACACAGCUCUACAGGAACAAGCAGCUUCAAGACACCCUAUUGCAGAAGGAGGAAGAGCUGGCCAGGCUGCAAGAGGAGAACCACCACCUCAGGCAGUUCCUGAAUUCUGCUCUGGUCAAGCAGUUAGAGGAGAAAACUAAGAAGCUGCUGUGGAAGAAUGGCCAGAACACUCGUGGCCCUUUCAAAGGUAGCAAGCGCCGUCUGAAAGCAGAAGGCCUCCCUGCUCCUCGUGAGGUGCCUCAUCCGCAGAAGGCCAGGCGGAGCCUCCUUGGUGAUUUCUCUGCCUGCGAGGAGCCGCCUGAUCCCCAUGUGGACACCUGGGUCCUACGCACACUUGGGCUCAAAGACCUCAACACAAUUGAUGAGUCGCCUGCUUCAGCUAACUACAGUGCCUCGCCUUCAGAGUUUGCUCCGGGCUCUUUCCUUGGGGGCCCGCCUGGAGCAACAGACCUUGGUGCCAAUGGCAGCCAGCCAGCUGUUUACAGAUGUGCCACGUUGCUGCCCACGGACAGGAGAGACGGUGCAAGGACAGAGCCUUUGCUUUACCAGCUGCCGCUUCCAAUCUUGCCUUGCCAUCCUUUGCUGCCACAGAACAACCCCCCCUUGCCGCCUUGUGGGCUGCCCUGCCGCUCUGACGACGUCUCCUCCACCCAAAUGGAGCUGGCCUUCACCACCUCCUUAAGCCCCCACUGCAAUGUGAAAACGCACACCUUCCGCCAGGGACAGGCUUUCGUGCGCAGAGAUGAGGACGGCGGAUGGAAGUUGACUUGGGUACCCAAGCAGCCUGAGUGAAGGAACUCCUCCUCACCCACCCGAAAUCCACCUCAGCACUGCCAGCAAAAAUGACGUGUUUACAGACAGACAAUUAAGGGUGGCUAAGAACAGUAAAAGGACACCUUUGCAUUUCUUUGGG